UCCUUGCUUUCUCAAAACAGUUCUAUCAUCCCUAAGAAAUUCAGCUCCUGCAGCCUCCAAGAUUUCGAGAAAUACAUGUUGAAUGACAUGCCAAAAUGUCUAACUAACAUCCCAGAUAUAAAUGCCAUCAUAGCACCUUCAUCAUGUGGCAAUGGCUUUGUGGAAAAAGGAGAGGAAUGCGACUGCGGUACUUUAGAGGAGUGCACAAAUGCCUGCUGCGACCCAGAGACGUGCAAGCUGACAGCUGGCUCCAUGUGUGCACACGGAGACUGCUGCGAGGACUGCCAGUACAAAAGAGCAGGAGCUGUGUGUCGGGAAGCCAAGGAUGACUGUGACCUGCCCGAGAUGUGCACUGGUUAUUCUGGGAAUUGCCCAUCGGAUCGAUUCCGUAUGAACGGACAUCCUUGCAACAACGGCGAAGGCUUUUGCUACAUGGGAAUCUGUCCCACCCGAGAAAGCCAGUGCAGAGCUGCUUUUGGACCACAGGCUACUGAUGGGGCAGCGUCCUGCUACCGGAUGAAUGAGAAGGGGGUGUAUUAUGGAUACUGCAGAAAAGAACGAGGUAGUCACGUCCCGUGUAAAAAGAAAGAUAUCAUGUGUGGGAAGCUGUACUGCUCUGGGGGGCAGGAGAUGCCCACCUAUGGCAGCCUGGUGACCUUUGAGUACUGCAAAGCAAGCUUUCCUAGGAAUGGAGAUACAGAUUUAGGGAUGAUCCUCAAUGGAACCAAGUGUGGGGAUGGCAUGGUAUGCAGCAAUGGAGAAUGUGUCUAUGCUGAAGAUGUCUUUAGAUCCAGCGACUGCUCUGCCAAGUGUCCUGGACAUGCUGUUUGUGACCAUGAGAUGCAAUGCCAGUGUGAAGAAGGAUGGGCACCGCCGAACUGCGACAGCUCAUCGACAGUCACCAGUUUUGCAAUCAUUGCUGGUGUGCUGGUUGUCCUCACUGUGAUUGUAAUUGCAGCAAUAUUGCUCUUCCGCUUCCGAGUAUUCAAGAAGAGCAGCCAUACCAGAAGGGGACCUGGAGCCACCAAUCAAGUCUUUGUGGACCAAGAACAAAGACAAAGAGAGCACCCUGGCCUGGCAGUUCCUACCCAGAAGAUUAAUGAUAAGAAGUAUCUCCUUCCUGUACCUCCAUUGCAGGAGAACAAACCACAGCUUCAGAGUCCUAUCAUAAGGCCAAAAGGUCCCCCACCUCCUGUCCCUUGCACCAAACCAGCCUUUUCUCACACACAAGACAUGUUUGCACCAGAGAAAAAACCUGCUUGUCUCCCUGUUCCCAAAGGCAAACCUCCACCUCCACCAAAGGCUUUGAAACCUCCCAUUAACCCCAGGGUCUGAAGCUCCUGCAGGAGGGCUCACGGAAUGCUGAGGGGCAGUUGGUUUGUCCUCUGAUUCUCCACUUUUCCUGUUCUCUGUGAAACAGAACAGCUUACUGACAGCUGCUUUGAAAGGAAAACUUUGGUUUUCAAACAGUGAGGAACUCUUUGGUGAUGACAUCAAGCUGCUGUCAGGAAGGAAACAAAGCAGAAUCACUGCUUGCACUGAGGUAUGGAUGGAGCACGCUGUGACAGCUGCCAGACACAUCCCAGCUCCUCAGCUGCCUCUGCACUGCUCUUCUCCAAAACAGACCUGAAAAGAUCAGAGGAAAGCAUAGGGUCCAAGUUCUGUAAACUAGGGUACAUCUCCGGAUCUUUCCAACCCUCUCUUCAGCACCAGAUUCCUGCUUCGUAUGUGCUCUGCAAGCUCUGGACCCAGGAAAAUCCUGCCAGCCCUCUGGAGAAGAGUUUACAGCCCUGAGGCCUGAAGGAAACUUGGAAUAAUACAAAGUGGACACGUUGAUUCUGGAAAGAUCCAUAUGGAUCAGAUCCUUUCAUUAAUCCUUAGGUUACCUGUUACACAGGAUUUCUCUGAGUAGAUCGGAGUUGUGCUCAGAAGCAAAGCACACAGGGCUCAGCCUCCUGCUGCCUGCAGCACCCCCAGGGCUCAGCCCAUGCCAGUUCCAAAGGAGCUCCAGCUGCCACCACUGCACUUGGACAGAGAAAUUUGGAAAAGCAGUCAACAAAAUCUUUAAUCAUUAUUUCUUUUCACCCCUCCGCUCCAGAAAUAUCUAAAUAUUUCUCCCUUCCAGGAUAUACACACCUCGGUGUUUUCAUUUAAUUGCUCCUGCACCAGGACCUGUUAUUGUAAAGUUGCUAAUGAGCACUGGGCUGGGCACAGGGGUUUGUUAUUGUGGGACCACAGUGCAGCAAUGAGGCUUUGCACACUGGUUUGUUACUGAGGGGUUCUUCAUUCGUUCUGGUCUGUUGGCAUCAGCAGUGUUGACACUCUUGGCCUGUUGGCACAGAUCUGCAUGCUGCUGUUGGCAUUGAUGUUAAUAAUGCUGUGUGGGUGCUGGCACUGAUGCUAUUGUUACCAUUGGCACUGUUAUCAUUUGUGUGGUUGGCGUCAAUAUUUUUUAAGUUAAAGCACACAAGUGUUUUUCAAGGAAUUAAAAAAAAAAAAAAAA